AUGUCAUCCUCAUUGCGUAACGCCGUACAGAGACGUAAUCACAAAGAGCGUGGCCAAGUGGCCGGAAGAGAGCGGUUCGGCAUGCUCGAAAAGAAGAAGGAUUACCUUUUGCGUGCCAGAGACUACCACAGCAAACAAAAUCGCCUGAAAGCUUUGCGUGAAAAGGCAUUGUUCAGAAAUCCCGAUGAAUUCUACUUCAAAAUGAUCAACAGCCGAACAAAGGGUGGUGUUCACAUUCAAGAACGAAACGAGGCCCUUCCACCAGAAAUGGUCCAGUUGAUGAAAUCGCAAGAUAAGAAUUAUAUCAAGUUACAAAGGGAUAUUAGUAAUAAGAAAAUGGCAAGACUUCAAGAAUCGUUGCAAUUUUUCGACGAUGCACCAGUGGACGAGGAGGAUAUGGAAGAGGAGGACGAAGAAAUGGAGGCCCCCCGAAAGAACAAUCAUAUUGUGUUUGUUGAUAAUGAGGAGCAAGUACGAAAGUUCGAUCCUGCCAAGCAUUUGGAGACAUUGCCGGAAUUGGUUCAUCGCAAGUUUAACCGACCUCGAGUGGAAACGUUGAGAAAAGCCACCAUUGCUGCACCCGAGGACAAUCACACAUUGAAGGAAUUGAGAAAGAUGAGAGAAAUGAAAUACAAGGAAGUCGCAUCACGAGCAAAACGAGAAGAGGAACUGAGUCGAUUAGAGCGAGAAUUACAGAUUCAAAAAGCACUUCAGGGUAAAGGAAGAAGGAAGAAAGUUGGUGAGGAUAAGGAUGGUUUGGCUGUGUAUCGAUGGAGUCAGGAACGUAAGAAGUAG